AUGUAUGAUACUCAGACCGUUAACACAAUUCAUGGAUGUAUGUUACUCAGACCGUUAACACAAUUCAUGGAUGUGUGUUACUCAGACCGUUAUCGCAAUUCAUGGAUGUAUAAUGCUGAGAGCGUUAAUUACAAUUCAUGGAUGUAUGAUUUUCAGACCGUUAAUACAAUUCAUGGAUGUAUGAUACUCAGACCGUUAACACAAUUCAUGGAUGUGUGUUACUCAGACCGUUAUCGCAAUUCAUGGAUGUAUAAUGCUGAGAGCGUUAAUUACAAUUCAUGGAUGUAUGAUUUUCAGACCGUUAAUACAAUUCAUGGAUGUAUGAUACUCAGACCGUUAACACAAUUCAUGGAUGUGUGUUCAGACCGUUAUCGCAAUUCAUGGAUGUAUAAUGCUGAGAGCGUUAAUUACAAUUCAUGGAUGUAUGAUUUUCAGACCGUUAAUACAAUUCAUGGAUGUAUGAUACUCAGACCGUUAACACAAUUCAUGGAUGUGUGUUACUCAGACCGUUAUCGCAAUUCAUGGAUGUAA